GACACAGAGAGGGCACCGAGGCAAGCAAAUCACAGGAGCGGAUCUGAACAGCACGGGCUGUGGAUUUAAGGAGAGGAAAGAGGAGACAUUAAAAGCAACGCUGCUGUCCAGUAAAUAAGGUUAGAGGUCAGUGAAGGCAGUGGUAUCAGUGGACGGAAAUGAUGUCCAUGCAAAUGAGUGAGGCGGAUAGUGUGGUGAAAGUGGCGGAGUGGCAGCAGACCUACUAUGCCUCAGACUCUGGAAUCCAAUCAGGAGCCACCACAGUGCAGGAUGAUGAGAGCAACACUGAGUACAGUGGUAGUAAGAAGUACACUGGCAGUACUACAGCUAAUACUACCACUGUUCCUGCUACUGCCACUUCUGGGGGAGGAGGAGAAACAGCGGCUGGUGGACUAGAGAGCCCCACAGAUUUAGAUUCUCAGUACUCACUGACCCGGGCUCAGCGUGUCAGGGCCGCCAUGUUCCCAGAGACCCUGGUGGAGGGCGAGGCGGCCAUGCCCAUUCAAUCAGAUCCCUCGCAGCAGAGCAACGUUCAACGACUGGCUGAGCCUUCCCAGUUGCUAAAGACAGCCAUCGUCCACCUGAUAAACUAUCAGGACGAUGCUGAGCUGGCCACCAGAGCGUUGCCAGAGCUCACCAAGCUUCUUGCUGAUGAGGAUCCGGUUGUGGUGAACAAAGCAGCCAUGAUAGUCAACCAGCUGACCCGAAAAGAGGCCAGUCGCCGGGUGCUGGUGCAGUCUCCAGCCAUGGUGGGCGCUGUGGUGCGUGCCAUGACGACAGCAGUUGACAUAGAGACAGCUCGCUGUGCAGCCAGUGUGCUCCACAGCCUGUCGCACCAGAGGGAGGGUCUGCUGGCCAUAUUCAAGUCUGGAGGGAUACCAGCGCUGGUCCGCAUGCUGAGUUCGCCAGUGGAAUCAGUUUUAUUUUAUGCUAUCACCACCCUCCACAACCUGUUGCUGCACCAAGAGGGAGCCAAGAUGGCGGUGCGUCUCGCUGAUGGCCUACAGAGGAUGGUUCCCCUACUGAAAAAGAGCAACCCCAAGUUCCUAGCCAUCACUACUGACUGUCUCCAGCUCCUGUCCUAUGGCAACCAGGAGAGCAAGCUAAUCAUACUAGCCAAUGGGGGCCCAGAGGGUCUGGUGUUCAUCACGAGAAACUACAACUAUGAGAAGCUGCUGUGGACCACCAGCCGUGUGCUCAAAGUGCUGUCUGUGUGUCCCAGCAACAAGCCAGCCAUAGUAGAGGCUGGUGGUAUGCAGGCUUUGGGUCAGCACCUCACGGGUUCCAGUCAGCGUUUGAUCCAAAACUGUCUGUGGACACUCCGUAACCUGUCAGAUGCUGCAACCAAACAGGAGGGGUUAGAUGGUCUUCUGCAGAUACUGGUAACUCAGUUGGGCUCAGAUGAUGUCAACAUGUUGACCUGCGCCACUGGCAUCCUGUCCAACCUAACCUGUAACAACUCACGAAACAAGACUCUGGUGACUCAGUAUGGUGGUGUGGAGGCAUUGAUCCAUGCUGUGCUUCGUGCUGGGGAAAAGGAGGAUGUUGCUGAGCCAGCGGUCUGUGCCUUGCGUCACCUCACAUCCCGCCAUCAGGACGCUGAGCUGGCCCAGAAUGCUGUGCGGCUGCACUAUGGUAUCCCUGCGGUUGUUAAACUGCUGGGACAGCCACACUACUGGCCUGUAGUAAAGGCUACAGUUGGCCUGAUCCGGAACCUUGCACUGUGCCCGGCCAAUCAGGCACCACUGAGGGAGGCAGGUGCUAUUCCACGUUUGGUCAACCUGCUGCUGAAGGCUCACCAGGACACGCAAAGACACGCCUCCUCUGCUCAGCAGACAUACCAGGAUGGUGUUCGUAUGGAGGAAAUAGUUGAAGGCUGCACAGGGGCACUUCACAUUCUGGCCAGAGACCCCAUAAACAGAGGAGAGAUUGCCAGCAUGCAGACCAUACCACUGUUUGUGCAGCUGCUGUACUCAUAUGUGGAGAAUGUGAAGCGAGUGUCAGCGGGCGUCCUGUGUGAGCUGGCCCUGGACAAACAGUCUGCCGAACUCAUCGAUGCAGAGGGAGCAUCAGCACCACUCAUGGAACUACUCCACUCCAACAACGAGGGAAUUGCCACCUACGCUGCAGCAGUACUAUUCCGAAUUUCAGAAGAUAAGAGUUCAGACUACAGGAAGAGAGUGUCAGUGGAGCUUACACAUUCACUCUUCAAACACGACCCUGCUGCCUGGGAAAUGGCUCAUACUGCAGUUCCAUUGGAGCCCACAUAUCUUGCUGAUGAGUUAGAUGGUUCUUACCCCCCCUAUGGCUAUGCUGACUUGCCUCUGGACACCCUGCCACUAGACCCUGACCUCCAUGAGCCCUACAUCCCCAACAUGACCUAUGACCCAAGACAGGCUUACCCUGAACCACUCUAACAGGAGCAUAAACCAGAAAUGAUGGAAGAGAAACAGCUAGCGAGCAAAUCACAGAAAGAAUAUCUUGGAAGAAUGGAUGGAGGAAGAAAUAGAUUGAAGUUUUCAAUCACAAGUUGAAUCAGCCCUUUCCAACAGAUCGAAAAUGUUCUAUUUGGCAAUCAAGAACCAUCAGAAGAGGUUGCUUA